AACAUAAAGCGAUUGUUUACUUCCGGUAACGUAGCAGGUACUUGCAUGCAAAGACAUUCCGAUUCCGGCACUGAGAAUGGCAAAUGCACGGACAUUUUUCGAUCGAGAGAAGUUUUACGACCCUGUGCCUGAAGAUGGGGCUAUUGAAUUAGACACAUUUCUUGGCAAAACCAGUCAGAUAACCGUGGUGUUCGAUCACUUUGGAAGGGUUUUUUCACCAGUCAAGUCUGAUAUGAACAGCAACAUCGAGAAAUUACGGAAGGUUAUUGCUGCGAAGAGAGAAAGUGGAGGAGAUUAUAAGACUAUUCAAGAGAUUAUUGAGGAUGAAAUGGCAAGAAAUACUUAUCAAAGCAAAAAUUCGGGCACCGUAGCUGGAAUUUGGUUGGGAAGAGGGCUGAAGUUCAUGUACUUAUUUUUUGAGCAACUGGUCUCGGCUCACAAAGGAGGAGAUAUGACUGAGAACAACGUAGCAUUUGUCAAUGAGGCAUAUGCUAAUUCUCUAAAACAGCACCAUAAUCUCAUUUCUAAAGGUAUAUUCAAGGUGGCUCUUCAUGCAGCACCAAACAGGAGUGACCUGUGUAGGAAGUUGAUGAAAACCCCCGGGGAUAUGGAGGCCAAAGAUAUCAAUAAAGAGGUACUAGAAGAGAUGGAGGUCUAUCUGGUUAACCUAAAGAACACAGUGGAUACCUGGAACAGUCAGUGUAUGGCUAUUACAAAGGACAAGUACAACAGCCUAUAGCCUAUUUCUAUACAAAUCAUGGUUGCUGAAGCCUUAGAUGAGUUUGUUGCGGGGAUGGACAUUUGAGGGCCACUGUCAUGGCCUAUAUGGAAGCUUUUGUAGAUAAAGAGGUCGUCAAUCUAUAGACAUAGAAUGAUUUAGGUGUGCUUGAACAUUCUAUAAUUAUGUCAGUCUGGACGUUAGUAUUCCUGAAAUCUCUUCGUAGUACCUGAAAUCUGUGCCAUUUAUAUGUGUGUUCUCAGUGUGAGUUGGUCAUGGUUACAUGGAAGUCAAGUGUCCACAAAGUGUUUGUGUGAAACUGCUGUAUAUGAAAAUCUGGCAUUUUAUAUAUGUUGUUAGUGUUAGUCAGCUGUGGUAAUAUAAAAAUCAGGUCUCCUUAGUUACCCCGUACAUGUCCCCCAUGUGACAGUUUGAGGGUUAACUUUGGCAGUUACAGUGAAGUACAUAUCUUCAAGAUGUCAUAAGCAUUCAGAAAAGUAUGGUCAUCAAAAUAACUUCGGGGGGAGAUGGAUAUGGCUGGUAAUGACCGAUGAUCAGCUCAUUGUCAGUUGUAGUGAGUUGUGGUCAGCUGAUUCCAACACAUGAGGCUUGAAUUCCAAUAAUGCAUACAUAGCCUGUUAACACAGCUACUAACAAAUAUCACAGCACAAUGCUCCUGACUGCCAGCUUCAGAAUUAAGUAACUGCCUGUUCAACUAUGGUAGGAAGGACACACGACAGUUAUUUGUGUGUUAAAGAAAGACAUCUCAUUCUGCCAAAAUGUUGUUAUGGUAAUGAUUUUGCCCUUUUUGAAUACACUAUAUACCGAUUAUAAAAUGCCAAGGUUUUCAUUAUUUUUUAAUUUGAAUCUAAUAAAUCUGUUACAAUCUGUUACGCAGCAGUAUUUUGUGCCUCUACUGUUAUUGGACACAGUUCCAGUCGUACAUAUCAUGUGAUAUUUGUCUUAUCAGCUGGUUGAACAUUGUACAAGAAUGUUUUAUUGUAACUGGUUCUGACAUAAUCAUUGUACAUCAGAUUUUUAUGGUUCAGAUCUUUAAUAGGGUGUGAAAGGCUUUUCAUGUGUGAAUGUUCUGGUAAAUACUAGAACACCACUUUCAAAUGGUAGUUAAACUAGAAAAUGUCUAAGACAUAAAUGCCCCCUGCCCAUGGAUGGGACAGGACGGGACGGGAAGGACAUGGGCAACACUAUAUGCCCCUCCAGGUUAUAAAAGUGGGGAAAUAUAUUCCAUGCUAAAAAUGGGCAUAUUGAUUGACUUAGCCUAGGGUUGUGGUAUUCCGCUUACUUGCUCAACUUGUUCUGUGUAGCUAUCUUGAAUAAUCCACAUGUAAGACUAAUAACCACUGGCCUUAAAUCUCUCCCUCUCUCUUUGGGAUCCACACGGAUGUUAACCACUAGCCAAUUUCUAACACAUCAACUUACCAAGUAUUGUAUAACUUCAGCAAUAACCUGAUGCAAAGUAUGAUGACAUUGUAAUCUGGAACAUGCUGUGUGCUGGUAGAACUCUGCCUUCUGGGACCAGUAAUGUAUUGUUACAGGCCUUCUGGGACCAAUUAUGUAUUGUUACAGGCCUUCUGGGACCAAUUAUGUAUUGUUACAGGCUUUCUGGGACCAAUUAUGUAUUGUUACAGGCCUUCUGGGACCAGUUAUGUAUUGUUACAGGCUCAAACAGGGCUUUUUCCAUAUUGUAAUGCUGAAAAGUGAGAAAAGUACUGUAUUUUGUCAGUAGGGCAAUUUAUAUAUACAUUUGGGGAAUUACUCCCACUCCCUCCCCAACCAUUUUCCCUUGGAGGGGGGGGGGGGUGGAAGGCGAUCGCUGUACAUAUGAAACACUUUCUGCAAUAAUUAGAAUAAUCUGUCUAGAUAUUAUUGAUGUGGAAAUGUUUAUGAACUGUGAUAAGAUUAGCUUGUUUCUAUAUUCAUUUUGUCAAAUAAUAUCAUUUUGCUAACAUUUUUUAAUAACUUUAAUAAUGAGGUAUAAAUUGAAAUUUUAUAGAAAUUAUAUUUCCUUUUAGUUAAAACCUAUUGAACUUUAUAUUUACCAUAAAAUUAAUUGAGUAAAACAAUGUGUUUUAAGAUGUAGAUUUUUUUAUGAAAUUCCUAAGUCAAAUUAUUAUUUCAAACAUGAACUGAAUCUGUAAACUUAUCAAUUUUAGAAUUAUGAAUGUAAAAGUUGUUAAUUCAAAUUAACUCAGUUGUUUUACUUAUCGUUAUAAGAGAUAUUUUUUCAUUAUAUUUAACAAUACGAUAUUCAAACCAUCAGCAUGUUUCUGUUCUGAUGAGAUAUAUAUAUAUAUUAUGUACAAGUUAUAAAAGUAAGGGUAAAAAAAUUGUAUCGCCAAACCAAAAUAUAUACCAGUCAGUCCAGAUUGUGAGAGUGAAUUGUAUUUAUGAUUAUAGUGUAACAGGAAAUGAUUGAUGUAAACCGCCUGUAAUAUUGUAACUGUAAGAAAACUGCAACAUCACAAAAGUAUGUAGAUACAUUGUAUAUGGUAACAAAUUGUCGCCUGGUGGUUGUGUGGAAUUUAGGUAAAACUAGUAACGAAUUGUCGCCUGGUGGUUGUGUGGGAUUUAGGUAAAACUAGUAACGAAUUGUCGCCUGGUGGUUGUGUGGGAUUUAGGUAAAACUAUCAGAAGUCACCAAUUAGUGUAUCCUGUUUUUACAAAUAACUACCCACAAACAUCCUCCAAUAUUUCAGGCUUUAAAUGAAAAUAUUUUUGAUAGCAUCUUCAUAUUUGAUGUAGGUAUUUCUCUGGUUCAUGUAUGUUCCAUCACGUACCUUGCACACAUAAAGUUUUCAGCGAUGUAAAGAAGCUACUGAUUUCUCUGUAGUCACUAAACAUAGGUGAACUUCAGAUUAAUUGAAAGUUGGAAGAAAUGUUAGCUGGUUAUCCAUGAUUGUAAAACAUGAGUUAAAUGAAUUGAGGAUGUAUUUAUACAUUUAAAAAUUUCUCUGGAAAAAAACAUUUGCUUUGGGUACGCUUUGGUAUAUACUGUAUAAUGCUUGUGGGAUGCCAGCACAUAUACAAGCUUGAAUCUAUUAAGUUGAAACCCAUUUCUCAUCUUCACAAUAUGUCAAAACCAAACCCUCUAUUAUUGUCAUCAUGAUUGUUUGAAUGUUUCUUUUAAAUCCCCUGCCCCCCAGAUGCGUUUUUAUGUAGCAGUAGUAUACGGUGCCCACCUGGUUAGAUUUUGUGUGGCUGCAGUAUUUUGAACAGUUCAGUCCCAAACAGACAUGGUUUUAUUAAGCUUUAUUACUGGUUACAAUUGCAGUGCAUGUAUUUAUGAAGUAAAUGUUGUAGUCUGUAACUCAGAUGUAUACACAAAUAUUUAUUAUUCAUAUAGUCAUGAAAAAAUAAUGUGCUAAUUGAAAGAUUUAAAUUACAUGAAUAAGCUGUAUGGUUAUGUCAGAACCUUGUUCAAAACGGGGAUAGGUUAUAGUUGAUAUAUUUUUUAAACAAAAUAUGUUACCUUUGUCUUAUAAGCCUAAAUGGCUUACAGAAUAAAAAGAAUUGAAUUGAAGUCUAUAAUGUUUGUACUGAUCAUGCAAUAAGUUCAGUCCCGUCACUUUUGUCAUUGUGUGCCUUGGACCAUCUGAAAUAUUAAUUAUUAACAAUCUACUUUGAUUGUUUGAAGACAGUGCACAAAGAUGUCUGAUGGCUAUCAUCAUUACCCUCGGAUAAAAUGUGUUUUUUUAAAACCAACAUUGUGGUUUUAAUGCUAGCUUUGUUAUCUUGGAAACAGCUGUGUUGUCGGAGGUGAAGCAGUCAUCUUUUGACCAGCUCAGUUGUUUAAGUAUACCUACCAGCUCCAUUGAUUGAGUAAUUCAGUUAUCUUAGGAUCAGCUCAGUUGUUUUAGGACCAGCUCAGUUUUCUGAGGAUCAGCUCAGCUGUUUUAUUAGAAGCACCUGUGUUGUUUUAGGUCUUGAUCAGUUGACUUAGGAUCAGCUAAGUUAAAUUAGGACCAGCUCAGCUGUCUUAGGAUCAGCUCAUUUGUUUUAAUAGAAGCAUCUGUGUUGUUUUAGGACUAGAUUAGUUGACUAAGGACCAAUUCAAUUAUCUCAGGACCAAUUUUUGAAGGACCAGAGUUUGGUUUUCUACAGACCAGAACGGCUUAUUGCCAGAGAUGUUUGUACAGCAACACGGCUGUUCUUAAACAAACCAACUUCGUUAACUGUUGUUAUAUCUUAUCAUCAGUGGAACCUUGGUACUUUGACUGUAUGACAUGAAUGCAUAAUAAUUAUAUAUAUACACUAUUACCUAUUCUGUAGAUUAAUGGUGAGAUUGUCAAAUGGUUGUGAACUUGUUUAAUAAACAAUGAAUUAUAUUUGAAGUAAAAUCAUUGGAUACAAUUGUUUGUACAUAUAAUCUUGUCAGUUGUAAAGGAAACCCAUUAAUAUCACAUUAUAUGUAUAACAUCUGGUGUGAUUAUCAACAUUACAUAAAGCUGAGUACAUGGUGUGUUAAAGAAAAUUAAAGAAUAGACAUCUGUUUGUUUCACUUCAGGUGGAAUUAGAAAAGCUGUAUUAUAUUUUUUGAAUUUUCUUUUUUUCGUCAAAGUAUCAUUUUUGUAAGAGAGAUAUCCUGGUUAACAUAUACUGGCCUAAUUAAACUACCAAUGAAGUGGAACUGGGCUGGGUCAAUUAAGUCAUUAGGCUGUGCACUUUUCCCUUUCCUGUUACAUUCGACACCAAAUAAAAUUUACCCAGAGAAGGUGGUAUAUAGAGUCUCAUCUGCCUAUAGGGGCCAACAACUUGUUAAAGGCAGGAAGAAUGUAGCAGAACUGGACUGGAUCAAUCGCUAAUGACCAGGUAACUCGGUUGGUUAGAGCAACCUCCAAGACUUUGGAGGUCUCGGGUUCAAAAACCGGUCUGGCCGUGCAUGUUUCCCUAUCACUGGUUCACCAGUAUUACAUGCCUUAUUGUCCUGCUGCUAUUACAGGCCUAUUAGUACUACUGCUAUAACAGGCUUAUUAGUACUACUGCUAUUACAGGCCUAUCAGUACUACUGCUAUUACAGGCCUAUUAGUACUACUGCUAUUACAGGCCUAUAAGUACUACUGUUAUAACAGGCCUAUUAGUACUACUGCUAUUACAUGCCUAUACGUACUACUCCUAUUACAGGCCUAUUAGUACUAUAGAUUUUCUGUCCUUUAGAGUGGUUUGAAUGUGAUUUUUCUAAUACGAUACAAAUAUUGGAUAACUGAUUUAUGUUUAGAAAUGUCGACAGUACAAAGCAUGUAGUGUGAUUAGGGAAUACUGUAUUUAUACACCUUAGCUACACAUAGAUUUAUUUAUUUUUAUCAAAACUGGUGACAGGUUCUUUACCAAAGAGAAAUAUCUUUGUUUUCACUAUGUGCGGUUUAAUAAAAUGAGUGGGUUUUAACAUGUUA